UGUUGAUGAUAACGACCUGCCUCAAAUGAUUGAUAACAAUAACGAGUAAAUAGCUCUUGAUGCACGUUUUAUUGAAGCUUCUCCACAUCUUGGAUUUAAGGGUCUUGCGGCGAGCUCCGACUUUCUUAUCUUCUAUGUUGAUAAACCCCUCCUCACCAAUACAUUCAACUAAAAGCACUCAAAUUCACCAUAUGCAAAUCAAGAAUGGCUUAUCAAAGUUAUUCCGCUUUACUCUUGCUCCAACCGGGGAAACGCGUGGAGUCAGUUCUUUUCCGGCCUUCCUUAUACAUAAAUUCAUCCUGCUCGAUUCGGACAUUUCCGUCGCCCCUCGCUCACAACUUGGAUACAUAAAUCACUGACCUUCCACGGUCAUAUACAGCCAAACGCCGGUCACAAUCUUCUUCCCUUCAAUAUAUAUUCCACACAAAACAUAACAUCUGAGCCCCAGAAAAUCAAAUGGCCGUCAAGACUUUAGAAGUGAAGCCUUUCUCUUCACAAGAGAAUUCCUCUCUCAACCUCGGAGCCGAGAUCAACAAUGUCGACCUGGAACAUCUCAGCGAGGAGGACUUCAAAACUAUUCGCAAUGCUUUAUAUAAUUACCAUGUUGUGGUUCUGAAGAACCAGGCUGGUCUCUCCCCCAAAGCCCAAUAUGAGCUUACACGUAGAUUUGAUCCCACGGCUGAAACAUAUGGUCAUGGCAAAACUCUUGAUGCGAAACGAUCAGUUCUUCACCCGGACUUGAAAACAAUCCCUCAUCAAACUCAGGUUCAAGUCAUCGGAAACGGGUUUUAUGAAGAAUAUGAAGGAUUGAAGAAUAUUACACUCAAGCACCCUCAUCACAAAGUCUUCCAUAAGACCGCUGUUCCAGAGGAAGACGAUUUGGCGUUCACACGCUUCUACCGAUGGCACAUUGAUGCUGCUCUUUAUGCCCUCAAUCCACCAAAAGUAACAUCGUUGAUGGCUGUAAAAGUUCCCGCUGGCCGUCGCCAAACUCUUCGUUAUGAUGAUGGAACUGGUGAAGAAAUCGAUGUCCCUCUUGGUACCACUGCUUUUGUCUCCGGUCAAAACAUGUACAAUUUGUUAAGCGAAGAGGAUAAGGAGUUCGUUUGUGGAGCAAAGGUAGAAUACGCACCACAUCCAUAUAUUUGGAUGUCUCCUGCAAGGUCACGCUCCACCGGCCUUGGUAUGGUUUCCGAUGGGAAUGAGUUGCCUUUGUCUGAACUUCCUCCUGUUGAUGAGAAGGACAUCAAGAUUUUGCCUAUGUGCUGGAAGAAUCCAGUCACGGGUAACUUGGCACUCCAAAUUCAUCCUAGUGCCAUCAAAGCCAUUCAUCUACCAAAUGGAGAGGUCAUGACUGAUCUCAAGGAAGUGAGAGAUCUAGUUUAUCGCUUGCAGCGACCAGCCAUCAGUCCAAAAUUCGUGUACCCACAUGAUUGGGUGGAAGGCGAUUUGGUCUUGUUCAACAAUCAAGGAGUCUUACAUUCGGUCGUAGGUGCAUUCAGUCCCGAGGAAAAGAGACUAUUUAGACAGUGCAACAUGGCUUCUUCCGAAGGAGUUAUGGGACCGGAUGGCAAGCUCUAUUAGAAAUGCAAAAAAGGAUGGCGGAUGAUGGGUUUGGUGGGUUUUUUUGUUUGGAAAACAGGUUACGAACUCGGCGUUGUUCUACGUAUCAAGCCUCACCAUAUGGGAGGAACUCGGCGUUUGAUAACGUAACAAGCGUAUACCCCUUUUUGCUUAGUUACCAUAGAUAGAUAUAGCAAGUACAUUUUGAAAUUUAAAUAAAGACUUUUAGGCUUCUGA